AUGUCUGUUGCAAACUCACAGAUUAUUCCCUUCUCCGCCCACCAGGGCUUUUUCUCAUCUUGUCCCUCAGUUUGUGCCUCAUCUCGAGAGUCUCGUUCGCUCGCGAUGCCCACGUCUUCCGCCUCCGCGUUUGAGGACAUGUUCGCCUGCUCUCCCGCAUCGCUCGUCAAGCUCCGUGCCCACGAGCGAGCGGAGACGAGCGACGCGUCGCCGAGGAGAGAGCUCGCGUUCAGCGAUCGCGAGCUCGACGCGCGCUACGGCGCUCGUUCGUCUCCGGAAGUCGUGUCAGCGUUCGCGGAUAUGUUUGCAUGUUCGCCGUCGUCACUGAAGAAGAUGCGCCAAACGAGCGCGGCAACGGGACGAGGGGCGAACGGAGAGAGACGGAGCGCAGAGGCGGUGGCGACGACGCCGCGGGACGGAGCGGCGAGCAGAGAGAAUUUGGCUUCUGCGUUCGGAGAUAUGUUUCUCGCAUCGCCGGCGAGUUUGAAGAAGAUGCAGACGGUGUCGUCGGCGGAGGGUGAGAAGGGUGGCGCGUUCAGUUGGAGUCGUCAGCUGGCGUCGCCAGUUCUCAGCGGCGAGGCGCCAAAGGAGGUAGUGAGCUUUUCGGAGAUGUUCGCGAGUUCACCUGCGGAUUUGGCUAAGAUGCGUCGGUCUGACGUCGGGGGGUCUGAACGUGGGUCCAGUGUGGGCGUGCCGAAGGUAACAGCGAACGUGUACGAGCACGCGAGCGCGUUCUCAAGCAUGUUUGCCAGUUCGCCGAGUGAUUUGGCCAAGAUGCGAGGUAAAAGGACAUCGUCCAUUUCGUACGCUGAUGGAGCACACGUGACGGAGAACAGAUUUCAUGUCGUCGCGCCGGAUUUCAAAGCCAUGUUCACGAGCUCGCCGAGCGAUUUGAAGAAUCUUCGAAGUGCGUCUACCUCGAGAAAGUCACUCGGCGUCGAACAUGACAGAUUUGAAGUUACGUAUUUGCUCGUCGCUCCGAGUGAGGCGGCGGCGCGAGAGAAGGUUUUGGAGAUUUGUCUCGAGCAAACGGUGGAGUUACCGGCUACUCUGGUCCCUGAAGGCACUUGGAUUCGAGAGCACGUCGUCGGUCGAUUAGAGUCACUCUCGCAUCCGAAGAGUGGACCGCAUUCGAAGCGGACCGACGCAUGGAACGCUGUCGUCAGCUAUCACGCCGAUACUACUGGUGGUGAGUUAACGCAACUCGUUAACGUUAUUUUUGGCAACACGAGUAUGAAGGAGAACGUCAUGGUUGUCGAUUUCGAGCUUCCGGAGAGUAUGUUGCGAGAGUAUCCUGGACCUAGAUUUGGCGUCGAAGGCAUCCGCCGCUUACUACGCGUGCCGGAGGGGCCGUUGGUGAUGACCGCGCUGAAACCUAUGGGAUUGAAUAGCCAAGAAUUAGCCGAAAUUGCGUACGGUUUCGCCAAGGGUGGGAUCGACAUUAUCAAGGACGAUCACGGCUUGGCAGACCAACCGUACAGCCCGUAUGAUGAGCGCAUCCGUGUGUGCUCCGAGGCUGUUGCGCGUGCCAACGCCGAGACAGGGAGAAACGUCAUUUAUGCCCCGUGCAUCAAUGCCCCGGCGCACUUGAUCAUCUCUCGCGCGCACGCCGCGCGUCGGGCAGGCGCUGGAGCAGUUUUAAUGAUUCCUGGCAUCACCGGUCUCGACGCCAUGCGCGAGCUCGCGGCGGACUCAAGCUUCAACCUACCAAUCAUCGCGCACCCCGCCUUACUCGGGUGCAUGCUCGGAGGCGGAAGCGCAAACAGGAUCGCCGGAUUUAGUCACGAGGUCUUGCUCGGGCUUUUGCCUCGGCUCGCCGGCGCGGAUGCAACAGUGUUCCCAUCGUUCGGCGGUCGAUUUGGCUUCAGCGUAGAGGAAUGCCAAGCCAUCAACGCCGGCUGCACGCGACCGAUGGGGAAUCUUCCCGCAAUUCUCCCGUCUCCGGGCGGUGGGAUGACGUUGGAGAAGAUCGCGCAGAUGCGUGAGGUGUACGGUCCCGAUUUGCUGCUUUUAAUCGGUGGUUCCCUGUACUCGCACAGCGACAACUUGAUCGAGGGCGCGCGACACUUCAUGAAACUCGCCGGUCGAAAAGAGCUCUACGGCCCGUUCGAGCGUCCGCACGACGGUCAUCGCGAUCAUCGCACGUGA